UCCUCUAUGGCUCAUCACAGAGUCAUCCGUCUCGUUUUAAAGGGAGUCUGUAGCCUCUGAUGCUCCAUGUUGUUUGAGCUUAUCAUAGUCUCACUUUCCUCAGUUCAGAGGUUGCACAGUGGCCAUGAGGACACGAGGUUUCACACGGUGUGGAGUUAUAUUUGGGCUGUCUGUAGUGAUUGUCCGACUCAUUGGCGGGUCGACUGGGUUAGUCUGCUACACUGCUGUGGAAUCACUGGACUUAGGUUGCCUCCUGCGGUGGGAUUGUCUCCAUGCCAGUCCUAAUAUCACCUACACCGUGCAGACAAAGACUCAGGGGGAUCCCUGGCAGGACGUCCCGUGGUGUGUUUGGAUCUCCUCCCGAAGCUGUGACGUCUCCCAUGUCUUUUCGGACUUUGAGCUCUACAACAUGAUUCGCCUUGGAGUCCACCUCAGCCCCAGCUCCACUGUCUGGAUCAAGCCACACAAGUUUGACUACAGCGACUUCACCUUCAGCCCUCCAUCUGUCUCAGUCUCUUUGAAGAACGACAGCAUCUCUGUGAAGGUGCAGUUUCCCUGCGCUACCAACAGGAGGUGCUCUCAUGAUGCAUGCUGUCCCAUCUCAAAGCUGAUAGACCCCUGGACCACAGUUACUGUGUACAAUGAGCGCAAUCGCUCUGACAACCAGAGCCGCACGGUUUGGACCCAGGAAGUAGUCUCCACCGUGGAGUUCUCAGGUCUGUCCCCAGGUCAGAACUACUGCGCUGUGGCCAACUUCUCCUUCCCAACCUUCUCCAUAGCUGCUUCCCCCAAAUCUGCUCCAGGGUGUGUUGAAACUGGCUCCCGAUGGGGGAUGCUGCCAAUGUAUUGUGUAGGACUUGCUCUGUCCUUGCUGUUCCUGGUGUUGUUUCUCGCUGGCUUCCUGCGAAAACCCAGACGUGACAGAACGACUGCUGACAAUCCACCGAAGCCUCUGGCAACUGUUCAAGAUGCUGAUUCUUCGGCCCCUCCCAUCUUUGUCGACCCCUGUGACAUCCACGUGGAGCUCGUAGAUGACCACAGCUCCAUCGACUCUUUUCACGGUUUUCACAAAGCCCCGACCUCAGGCGCAGAAACGAAGCGCUCCAGCCAACCUACGCAUUUUGAUCACAGCAGAGGAGUCACAGUGCAGCAUGAGGUCCAAGAUAUGACCUUCGAGAGCUACAACUGA